UCUCCUUCCUGGCGUGGCCAGCCAAUUUCCCCAAAUGGCAUCUCAUCCUUCCAAAGGGCAUUAGAGGAGAGUAGGAAGGAAAACUACCUUCUCCAGAAAAAAAUGCAACAAAUUGAAGAAGAAAAACAUCAACUGGAGGACAAGUGUAGACGAAUGGAAGCCCAAAAUAAAGAGCUGGAAGAAAGACAACAGCGCCAGCCGGACAUAAACAUUAUUAAUGAGGGCUGGGGAAUCAAGUUUGCUCAGGCCCGAGAGCAGAUUGUGCACCUCAAUAAAGAAAACAGGCAAAAGCGCGCAGAACUAAAAGAAAUGACCAACCAGCUCCAAGACAAGAAAACGAUGACUGAUAAGAUACAACGGGAUCUCCACCACAUGGACCGAAAAAAUCUGCUCCUCCAAAGACAGCUCCAUGAAGCUGUGGAAGAAAAGAAUAAAUUCCUCCAACAGAAGGAAGAGCAGGACAAAAAGCAACAAGACAUGCAGCACAAACUGAAGAGCAUGCAGGAAAAAUACCGCAUGCUGAAAGAAAGCCUGGAUGAAACACUGCGCCAAAAUAAAGACCUUCUUCAACAGAAAGAGCAACAACAAAAAAGACUGAAAGAAGGAAAACGCAUCGUCCAGGACUUUCAGUCUAAAAAUCUAAAACUGCAAGAGUUUUGUAAUCAGCUGGAGGACAAAGCAACUAAAGUGGAAGAAGAAAGGGACAAACUGGAGAAACGCUGCUCACAGAUGCAGAAAAGGAUCGAUCAGAUAGCGAGAAACAACUCCGAGCUCGUUAAGGGGCGUUUGGUGGAAUUCAAUAACUUGAAGCGUGAACACACUCAAAUGCAGUCACAAAAACAACAAGAAGACAAAAUACAUGAAGACAAAAAUCAAGAAAUCAAGAAAAGAAAGAAGCAGUUAAAAGACAAGCACAAAGAGGUCCAACAGAAAAAUGCAGACAUGCACAAGGACAAGCUGAUACAGGAGGAAACAUCCAAACAACUCAAAGACAAGCUUGAAGAACAACAAGCAGCAUUGGAAGAGGUGGAACAAAGAUGUGAGAAACUUGAAGAAAAAAAACGCAGAAACCAUCGACGAGCUGAGAAAUCUCAUCCUGCAGAAAAAGCGCUCGUGGAAAAGGCAUUAGAGGAGAGUAGGAAGGAAAACUACCUUCUCCAGAAAAAAAUGCAACAAAUUGAAGAAGAAAAACAUCAACUGGAGGACAAGUGUAGACGAAUGGAAGCCCAAAAUAAAGAGCUGGAAGAAAGACAACAGCGCCAGCCGGACAUAAACAUUAUUAAUGAGGGCUGGGGAAUCAAGUUUGCUCAGGCCCGAGAGCAGAUUGUGCACCUCAAUAAAGAAAACAGGCAAAAGCGCGCAGAACUAAAAGAAAUGACCAACCAGCUCCAAGACAAGAAAACGAUGACUGAUAAGAUACAGCGGGAUCUCCAACACAUGGACCGAAAAAAUCGGCUCCUCCAAAGACAGCUCCAUGAAGCUGUGGAAGAAAAGAAUAAAUUCCUCCAACAGAAGGAAGAGCAGGACAAAAAGCAACAAGACAUGCAGCACAAACUGAAGAGCAUGCAGGAAAAAUACCGCAUGCUGAAAGAAAGCCUGGAUGAAACACUGCGCCAAAAUAAAGACCUUCUUCAACAGAAAGAGCAACAACAAAAAGACUGA